AUGAGUGGAACAGUUAUCAUCACUGGAGCCAAUGGCUCCUUGGCCCUUGGCUUUGUUGACUCCUUCCUAUCAAAAUAUCCUCUCCAUACAUUGGUAGCCACUGUUCGAAACGCAUCUCCAGAAAAGGACCCCAACACCGCCAAGCUUCUGAGCUUAGUGUCCAAGUACCCAGAAGCUAAGGUCCACCUGGAAGCACUCGACCUCGGCAAUCUAGCUGCUGUUCGUUCCUUCGCUGAAAAGCUAUCCCUUCAGAUCUCUUCAAAGGAGCUUCCGGGCAUCGCAGCGAUUGUCUGCAAUGCUGGCACAUGGUCGCUUGAGUCAGGGCAGAAGUUUACGUCGGAUGAUUAUGAGGCUACCUUCCAAGUCUGUCAUCUAUCUCAUUAUCUGCUAGUCCUGAAGCUGCUCGGUAGCAUAGACACCACAUCUGGACGCAUCGUUAUGCUCGGCUCCAUCACUCAUUAUGCCGAUAAACCGAAUCCCUUAUCUUCGCUUGGACCAUGCUUCCCUGACGACUUUGAAGAGCUGGUCAAACCAGCGUCGGACCCACCGAACCUGGUCCAUGACAGAGGUUUCCAGAGAUACGCAACUGCUAAACUUGCAAACGUGACAUUUGCCAACGACCUCAACAAACGACUCCAGAAGGAUCCCAAGUUAUCAAAGAUAACCGUAACAGCUAUGGACCCCGGCGGUCUUCCCUCAUCAAGGGCUCAAGCAGGGCAGAAGAGAUCUGCCAGGAUUUUGAUGGCGACGCUCAACACCCUCAUGCCAGUCCUCAAGCAUUGCACGACAGCAUUCCGCACAACGGAAGAUGCUGGACGAGACCUGGCCGCUGUGAGUGUGGACCCGGCAUUUCAGGGUAAGAGGGGUUACUACGUCGGCCUGAGGGCGGACACUGCAGCGCCAGUUAGUCAAGAUGCUGGUAUGCAGAAAAAGCUCUGGGAGGGGUGCUGGAGGUGGGCAGGUCUUACACCCGCGGAGACUGUUCUUCAGAAUAUCUCCUAA